AUGAAAUUACUAAUUGUUUUAUUAUUAGUAAUUGUAAAUAGCUGCUUUAUAAAAGGGUCACAAUUAUUUGCAAAUUUUGAAGGCUCAUUCCAAGAUAAUCAAUGUACUUCUGCAAAUAAAAACGGCGCUGGUUUCUCAUUAGUUAUUGGCCAAUGCCUAACAGUAUUUGGUAUAUUGGAAUAUAACAACCCAUUCCCAAACACCACCAAUUGGUUUUUAAGUCUUAGCGAAGAUAAAAAAACAUUAGAAAUCAAACAUUUUGAAGAUCUCGAUUGUGGAGGAACACCAUUAAACACUCAACAAUAUACUACUCAAACAGGUUGUGUCGAAACUCCACCAAUUUUACUUGCAAAUAACUCUCUUUACGGUUUUCCCCAAUUUUCAAAAUUAUCAUUUGGUACCGAUAAACCAAUCUAUGCUUCCGACUCUAUCAUCUUUUCAUUAUACAACUCUGAUGAUACCCCUACUUGUGAUUGGAAUGAUUUAGUUUUCUCAGUUGCCUAUGCUAGCGGUGCCACCAUUUACGAAUCAGGAGAUAUUUCUAUCAAAGUCAAAUGUAACCAAGUUUCCCAAGCUAUGAUGUUCAAAUGCAAUAACAACGUUGGUGAUUGCCAUCAAAGUUUCAUUGAUAGAGCAUGUACAUGUACUGGUGAUGUUAGUAUCUAUUGUAACUAA